CGUAGUUUAUGGUCUUACGCCCAUACGUCCCGCAGACUCGACGAGGGUUUUCUCUCCAUGGAGAUGGAAUAAUUGCAGACAAAUUGACGAAAGGGAUUCGUGUGCGUAGAGUGUAAAGGAGAGCUAUUCUGAUCCGGCGAGUCUGGUAACGCAGCGUGUGUGUACGGCGAUAAGUAAAAUGGACGAAGCGAAAUUUCUGAAGAGGAAAGUGAGAUCCGGAACGCUGGACGUUCAUCCAACAGAAAAGGCUCUGGUGGUAAAUUACGAUGUGGAAGCAUUAAUAUUAGGAGAACUGGGUGAUCCUAUGCUCGGGGAUCGCAAGGAAUGCCAAAAGAUAAUCAGACUGAAAAGUUUAAAUGCAGACACAAACGUUUCCCUCUUGGCAAAAGAAGUGAUGGAGAAGUGCUCGUUGAUACACGAGUCCAAACUGCGUGAGGUUGAGCAGUUAAUUUAUUAUCUACAAAAUCGUCGGACCAACGAUAGCACAGGUAGCGAUAAUAGUUCUCAGCCACCAAGACCCGUGUCAUCAAAUUCAGUGAUUACGGAGAAUUGUGAGGUAGAACGCGCCGUCAUCAGUAAUGUUGACAGUUACAUUGAAUUACUGUAUGAGGAGAUACCGGGCAAGAUUAAGGGCUCGUCGUUAAUUUUGCAAUUAGCGAGGGUACCUGACAAUCUUCUGGAAUUGACAAAAAACGAGUCGUUAUUGAGUGCUUUGGCUCGAGUCUUGAGAGAAGAUUGGCGACGCAGCAUAGAACUCUCCACAAACAUUAUUUACAUUUUCUUUUGUUUCUCGACGUACAGUCAGUUUCAUAACAUCGUGCUUGAGUACAGGAUUGGUUCCCUUUGUAUGGACAUAAUUGACUUCGAACUACGUCGCUACGAUCAGUGGAAGGAGGAUAUGGAGAAACGUCGGAAACACUUUGAGAACACUACCGGUUUAACGUUCUUCCCGGCGGGGAACAACGACAACUGCGAAAGGAAGAUCAAGAUCAUUGAUGAUAUUUGGAACAUGGAGAGCCCGUUAGAUUACGAGCUCAAGAGGCGAUCUGCGGACGCUUCCAUAAGCGUGUCGGAGAGCGAUCUUAAGAAGCUGAAGGAGGAGCUUGAGAAGAGUCGUAAGAAAUUCAAAAGCUUAACGAAGAAGCAGGAACAACUACUGCGAGUGGCGUUUUAUCUGCUCUUAAACAUCGCUGAGAAUGCCAUGGAUGUCGAAAGGAAGAUGCGCAAAAAGAACGUAAUCGGCAUGUUGAUUAAAACGUUGGACAGAGCGAACACCGAUUUGUUGAUACUGGUGGUCACAUUCUUGAAGAAGCUAUCCAUUUUUCGUGAUAACAAAGAGCUCAUGGCAGAGGAAAAUAUCAUAGAUAAAUUACCGAGACUUUUGCAAAACAAUAACGCCGAUCUCGUAUUAAGCACUUUAAAAUUGUUAUUUAAUCUCUCUUUUGAUGUAAAGCUAAGAGCAAGAAUGAUCAGGGUCGGUAUGUUACCAAAAUGGAUAAAACUGCUUGGUCAAGCUGACAUAAAAAGUAAGAGCACAAUUCUAGGAUUACUGUAUCAUGCCAGUAUGGACGAUAAAGUGAAAGCAAUGUUCACAAAUACAGAUUGCAUUCCAAUGGUAAUAAAUAUGAUAUUAAAUUUUGAAGACGAGCACAUAAGAUCGGAAUUGAUAGCACUUGGCAUAAACUUGGCUAUUAAUAAUAAGAAUGCGCAGUUAAUGGUGGAAAAUAAUCGUCUGCAAGGUCUCAUAAAGAUCGCAUUCAGAAAUCAAGAUGCCCUCAUAAUGAAAAUGAUUCGAAACAUCUCUCAACACGAUUCGACGAAAGAAAAUUUCGUCGAAUUUAUUGGCGAUUUUGCUAUGGCUUUGACGCAGUCUGAUUCUCAAGACUUUAUACUCGAGGUGAUCGGCGUGUUAGGCAAUUUAGAAUUGCCCGAUUUGGAUUAUUCGCAAAUUAUUCAACGUUGCAACCUUAUACCGUGGAUACGCAAUAAUCUAGUCCCAGGUAAGGUGCAAGAUGAUUUAGUUCUCGAGGUUGUCAUAUUUCUGGGCACUGCAGCUUAUGACGAAGACUGCGCUCGUUUAUUAUGCAAGGCUGAUAUACUCCUCUCUCUCAUCGAGCUUCUUAAAGCCAAGCAAGAAGAUGAUGAAAUGGUUCUGCAAAUUAUUUAUGUUUUUUAUCAAAUUGCAAGACACGACUCGACGCGAGAUUAUUUGAUUCGCGAGACUGGUAAUGAGGCUCCUGGUUACCUGAUUGAUUUAAUGCACGAUAAAAAUCCUGCAAUUCGACGAGUCUGUGAUACGUGUCUGGAUGUCAUCGCUAUCUGCGACAAGAAUUGGGCGGCGCGCAUAAAGGUGGAAAAAUUCCGAUCACACAAUCAGCAGUGGUUGGAAAUGGUCGAGUCUACGGGAGCAGACUCGACCACUCAUUUAUUACCGGAUGACGAUGACAGUCUGUCUCCCUUCAUCAGUGGUGACCUGUUAAAACAUACCAUACUGUUUCCCUCUGGCAACGCAGCAUCGUUCAACACGGACGAUGGAUUUUCGAUCAUGAAAAAUUCAUCGGAAUCGUCUGAAAAUCCUAGUCGACCUGUCAGUAGGCACGUGUGAAAGCUACGAUUGCGUAAAUUUCAGGUAUCGUGAUCUUGACGACAUAAGCGAGCUCAUGGCGCGCUCUAAGUCUCGCAUGUCCGUUGGUUCAGGUAUAGAGGAUUUAUAUUACAAUUCUAAAGUGAAAUUCAGUGAUUCGGAUAGCUCCCAUGUAUUAAUAUGAAGAUUAAUGCAAAAUUCUGAUGUAGAUAUGUGACUUAAGUUUUGAGAGACGUUUGUCUAGAAGGACAUUUUACAUUGUCUGAACAUUCUGUUUGAUGUAAAAAAAUGAGAAAUGUUUCCUAUUGUUCACGAAAAUAUGCCUGCUUAAACCAAAGAUAUUAUUACACGAUAGACUGCUUUGAUCUCAUAUAGUCAAGUAUUUCUUUCUAGCGUAUUUAAUUUUUAUAUAUUAAUUUAUUUAUGAAUUUAUUAUUAUUAUUUCUUUCCCUUUUUAUACUAAUGCAUAUACUUACGUUGCGAAAUAAUUGAUAGCGUUAACGAAAAUUCUAUUCAGAUCUCUUUUGUGAUAGAUUUCAGGCAGUGAGGAUAGUAUUAAUGUACAUGUGGGUAAAAUUAGUAUCUGCGAUAGUCUUGAGAAGUCCCGUAGUAUUUAUAUAUCGUUCGUAUCAGUUAAUAAACAGACAAGUGGUGUAUGAAAAUGUGGAAUACUUUGUAGAGUAACGAUAAGAACGUUAAUCUAAUUUUUAUCAUUGCCACGGAGAACAUACAAUAUCUUUAUUAUUCGUUACACGCAGCAAAUUGUGCAAUAAAUUAUAUAUAUAGGCAUAUUAAACUUCCAUAUAUAUAUAUAACUUUUUCACUUUCUCUAUAAAAUAAUUAGAAUAUACGUAUCUAUGUUCUUGUUCGCUUCUGUCGUUUUUCAUUGCACCUCUUGUCCCUUUAUGCUACUAACUCGUCGCAUUUAUUGGCGUAAGAUAGUAUUUUAUUAUUACCAACGAGAUGCAUGACUCAUAGCUAUUGAUUAUUCUCUGCGUGAUAAAAUAAAUUAUGACAGAAA